GUCUAUUACAGAAGGUCUCGAUCGAGACGACAGUUGACUUUAAGCGAGAUCACAUGUUAGGCCAGGCUCGAUCCGAUCUGUGUACACCAUCGACUUUCAAUAAAUUCAAUUAUUUUGAUUCUCGCUUAAUAGCCGAUUCCAUCCUCGUCCAAAAAAAAAACACCAUGGCUGAUCAACAAGAGCCGACCACCCCGGCUGAACUUGCCAAGGACGUGGCCAGCCUCACGAUCGACGCCGAUAACAAGGCCGAGCUGACCGCCGCCGCCGCCGCCACAACAGCACAGGACGAGGCCGUGAUAGAUCCCGUGACGCGGAUGCAAGAGUGGAGAGACGAGAUCCUCGCCAAUCAGGGGUGGAAAGACCUGCAGGGCCCGGCGCUCAACGAGUGGGCAGCGAAACAGGCCGAAGUCAUCACGAGCAUCACCAGGAGCAUGCUGAAAACUCGCCAGCCCAGGCAGCUGAAAGAUCUGACCGUCAAGUGGCCAGAGAAGGAGCUCGAUCCGGAACUCGAGGCGAGAAAGAAUCUACGAAUGGCGGAGCUCAAAGAGAUCUGGAAAAGGGAGGACUCUUUGAUGCCCGAGAGGGACGAGAAUCAAGAGGAAUUCAAGUGGGAUACAAACAGUAUCGAGUAUAAGAAAAUUAUGGAUGCGAGACGCGAGUUCUUGCGGAAGAGUGAUACGGAACGGUCGGAGGACCAAAGGAGGUUCCUCGAAGUGAAAGAGAAAGAGGACUUGGAAAGUAACGAAGCAGCGGGAAACUCCCCCGUCGACGACGGACAUCAAUGCUGAAACCAACAACGCCGCCAAUAUUUUGCCGGAAGCCACACAAAAGGCCGCGACUGUGACAGAAGAACCGACUCCGGCACCAAAAAAGUCGCGCGUCGAAAUACAAUCCCUGCCAGCCA